GUCUGGUAGUAUUUGAACCACGUCGGCCAUGCAGCUGUGCUUGCGGUGUUUGACUUUUCUCUGCUGUGCUUCUUCUCCUCUUCUUCGUAUUUCCUGGGCCAAGUCACGUCGAGCAACAACGGCAUGGCAGCUUAUACGUACACACAUCCGCCAAUCAACACUCUCUCUCGCUCGAGGCUAGCACGCCCGUCGUCUUUUGCAAUGAUGGCGGCACGACGUCACGCCACGGGCUGGAGCCAAUUUGGCCGCCUA